GGUCACACUCCCGAGUGCCGUUGAAAAUUGUUGUACACAGGCGAGAUAUUGAUUUUUGGCAGCCCGAGAGGAAAAGGCGACCCCAGCGCAGAGCCAGCGAAAGAGCCCCCGCCCCCCUGCGCGCGACCAGUAGUAGUAGUAACGACUCACGGUCCUUCAAACAUUACGCAGCCCAAGGUUCUGUUCUGGAAAAAAUCGAAGAUUACGAGCAGAAGAGCCUAAAGCCAGAGAGCAGAAAAGAGGGCAGAACGUGCAGAGCAAGCGAAGCGAGUGAAAGUGCCAGCCAGUAGAGCUCUGGAAAAAGUAGAACUCGAGCGCUACUUUGGGUUCUGAAAAGCAGCAGCCUCCAAAAAAAGAGAAGAACCCCCCACGCAAAGGUGCAAAAGCAACCCCCGCGGAGAAGAGAAGCGAAGAAAGGGAGCAGGUGAAAAGCAGUGCAGUCCGCCAACUGCGUCGAAGCCCCCAUCCAUUGAAAACCCGAGGAAAGAAAAACCAGAAGACAGCAUCGCCAUGGCUUUCGCCGGACUGAAAAAGCAGAUCAACAAGGCCAACCAGUAUAUGACGGAGAAGAUGGGCGGUGCGGAGGGCACCAAACUGGACAUGGACUUCAUGGAGAUGGAGCGAAAGACGGACGUCACCGUGGAACUCGUGGAGGAGCUGCAGCUGAAGACGAAGGAAUUCUUGCAGCCAAAUCCCACGGCCCGGGCCAAAAUGGCAGCGGUCAAGGGCAUCUCGAAGCUGUCGGGUCAGGCCAAGUCCAAUACUUAUCCGCAGCCGGAGGGCCUGCUCGCUGAAUGCAUGCUGACUUAUGGGAAGAAGCUCGGCGAGGACAACAGCGCGUUUGCGCAGGCGCUCGUCGAAUUCGGCGAAGCGCUGAAACAGAUGGCCGACGUCAAGUAUUCGCUGGACGACAACAUCAAGCAGAACUUUUUGGAGCCACUGCAUCAUAUGCAGACCAAAGACCUCAAGGAGGUGAUGCAUCAUCGCAAGAAGCUGCAGGGCCGGCGUCUGGACUUCGACUGCAAGCGUCGCCGGCAGGCCAAGGACGAUGAGAUUCGCGGUGCCGAGGACAAGUUCGGUGAAUCGUUGCAGCUGGCCCAAGUGGGCAUGUUCAAUUUGCUCGAGAACGAUACGGAGCAUGUCUCCCAGCUGGUCACCUUUGCCGAGGCACUGUACGACUUUCAUUCGCAGUGCGCCGACGUCCUGCGCGGCCUGCAGGAGACGCUGCAGGAGAAGCGCUCCGAGGCGGAGAGCCGGCCACGCAACGAGUUCGUGCCCAAGACGCUGCUCGAUCUGAACUUGGACGGCGGUGGCGGCGGCCUCAACGAAGAUGGCACGCCGUCUCACAUUAGUUCGAGCGCCUCGCCGUUGCCCUCGCCGAUGCGCUCGCCCGCCAAGUCGAUGGCCGUAACGCCGCAGCGCCAGCAGCAGCCCUGCUGCCAGGCCCUCUACGACUUCGAGCCGGAGAAUCCCGGUGAGCUGGCCUUCAAGGAGAACGACAUAAUAACCCUGUUGAAUCGCGUCGACGAUAAUUGGUACGAGGGCGCCGUGAAUGGCCGCACUGGCUACUUCCCGCAGUCCUACGUCCAGGUCCAGGUGCCCCUGCCCAACGGCAAUUAAGCUGUUCUUGAUCCCGCACUCCCAUCCCAACCAAUCUAUCCUACCAUCCUAUCAAACUGAAGCUGAAGACGUACGUAGAUCGCGGAUUGGAGAACAAUAACCUUAAUGUUGGUUUCGCCAUCAGAGGCGCAAAAUUGGGCAGCCGAAGCAGCAGCAGCAGCAGAAAAUAUAUAUAUAGUUGAAUUAGAAGAGCGGGUUACUACGAUUACGGAUAUUACGAUACGGCUUAGCUAGCGGCACACAGCAGGCUAAAUUCAUGGUGGCCAUAAUGCAAGCUAACUAAAUUUUAUGUGCGAAAUUGUACCAGUUGGCAACACAAUAAUUAACAAAUUAAUUACGAGUUAAAUUAAUGUACGUAUUAACUAACUAAAUUUACAAGACGUUACGCGCGCAAUGCGACUUCCUUGCGUUUUUCACCUUUGAUUCUUGAACGUCAGCGUUUAGUGCUAACUUCACACAAUAGCUCACGUAUUAGAACAGUUGGCCAGCGGCAACAGCAAGCAAAACACUCUAGCUAAUUAACUAAAUUACCCGUACUCUCGAUCAACCAUGGAAGCGCGUCUCUUUUCGUCUUAAUUCCCCGAGUCUUUCUUUGCUCCACAGCCUAUCUGACUUUUAUCCGGUCUCAUCGUUGUAAUUUAAACCUAACUAAACCAAUGCGCUCUCUAUGCAAAGUCCCCUUAUAGGCUAACGCUACGUAUCCACAUCAUACGCCCACAUAUAUUUAUUAUAUACCCGAAAUACCUAUACCUACUCUACCUACGUAUAUUUGUGCAAAAACAAUACUCCCCACACUCUAUUCUAAAAGGCAUACGGAAUACCGUUCUUGAUGUUCGUUGUUCAAUGUAAAGAAUACUUCAAAUUUUUUCAAAAGGAUGAAGCGAAAGCGAAAUUUGUAUCCUACUUUUUGCUCCUUUUUAUGUGUGUUGUUUUUUUGUUAAUUAUAUACAUAAUAACUAUAUAUAUAUUAAAUGAAAUCAAAUAUAUGUAUAAAUAUAUUUAUUAAGCGUAUUAUCUACAUGUAUAUUUAUUAUUAUGUAUUUAUUAUAAAUUAUACUGAGCAGCAACGUAAACAAUAUAAUGAAUAUUUAAAACGAUGAUAACAGAUAACAGAUAAACAGUACUAGCGGCAAAGUAAAUGUAACAGAAUCCUCCUAAGAAAUACCAACCAGCAUAAACUAGUUAAACGAUUUCCAGAAAAAUGUUGAUAAUAAUAACUCUAAACGUAAGCAAAAUCCAGUCAAGUCAAUCGAAGCAUAGCAACACUUACGAACCUACUAACGCGAUUACUAACCGCAACUCUAGAUCAAAUAUUUAUAUAUUUAAAGAGAGGAGCCCAACACAAAAAUAUAAUGAUAAAACUCAAACGACAGACCGAUAAAAUUAUUAAAAUAGUCUCAUGUUGGCAUAUAACGGAAAAAGCUAUGCACGAUAUACGAAUGUAUAUGCGUUCGAACAGAUAUACACAAGAUAUAUUUACGUAUAACGCGAAAUUGAAUUGAAAUCCAUGCAACUUGUGUUGAUAAUAAAUUAGUUAAAUGCCGAAAAGCAAGAAAAACAAUUUAACAGAAUUAUAUUUGAGAGCGAAGAUGAAACAUUUGCCCCGCGGACGGACGGACAGAGAGCCAGUGCGAAAAUUUCCAGAGGGCCCCAUCUGGGGACCCUCAGUAUCGCCUGGGAUAUCUUUCCUAGCACACAACACACACUUGUCCCCACUGACGAGGGCAGAGAUUUAAACAAUAAUUAUUGUAAUUAUGCAUUUGUGUGGGCGGUAACUUAAAUAAUAUACAUUAUAAACCAUAUACAUAUAAUAAUUACGCUAAAACUGAAGACCCUAAUUUACGCAAACCAAAAUUAAUAAAAUUUAAUUUUUAAUGUGUCUUUCGUUCAAAGUCAUAAAUGAGAAAAA